AUGCCUCCUCCAGAAAUGUCUCAAGUAUACCUUCUAAAAGAGCUAAGUUCGUAUGAGCCCCAGGAGUCAGAUACCCUUCAACUUGCCUUCCAAGUACAGGGAAUAAACCCGGUCUAUCUUCCUGACUCGUACGACAGGCCACAGUCAACCAACGAUAUCCUACAGCACUUUGAAGGGAAAAAUAGCAAGGGAAUCUUUGUUAUUAUUACCAGAACUGUCUCUGAACCCUCUGCUGCACCUGAUACAGAACCAAAGGCAAAACAGACAAAAAGAACAACCAAGCGUCAAUCUUCCGUACGAGUAUCUAAGGUCAAACAGGAGCCUGAGAUCAAGCAAGAACCUGAGGUGAAGCGGGAGCUUGAACAGGAUAUAACUAUACAAGAUAACAAUCUUGAAGUUGUUCCUGGGCCUGCUAUACAGAAGAAAUGCUUAUUUUUAAUUGCAUUAAAGGAGAAGGAGCCAGAGAGAGAUAUUCAAGAGAAGGAUCUAGAGCAGGAACUAUUAGAGUUACUAUAUACAGAGGCAUUUGCUGGCCCUUCCUGGGCGGGAUGUUGA